GGGUAAUCGGCCCACCACUCUCUCUUACCUACCACACCCAACAUUUUCACCUUCCCCAACUCUAUUUAAACCCCAACUCCCUUUCUCUCUCAUCAAUUCAAUAAUACCUUCCCUUAAUCCUUCCCUUUUACCAAACAAUCUUCUCCCAUUCCCCCAUUUCCCUCCACAGUCAAUCACCUUAAUAAUCAAUGGAAAACAACCAAAACGGGGUAACCGAAUCGGGUAUUUGUAUCCCUAAACGGGUCAAAUACGAUGAUCCAUUAAACUGGGGGAAAGCAGCCGAGUCGAUGACAGGAAGCCAUCUCGAUGAGGUUAAGAAAAUGGUUGAGGAAUAUCGUAAGCCGGCUGUUCGGCUCGGCGGGGAGACUCUUACUGUGGCUCAAGUCGCGGCUGUAGCUGGGUCCGAUAGUGCUACGGUGGAGCUAGCUGAAUCGGCUCGAGCCGGUGUUAAAGCUAGUAGUGAUUGGGUAAUGGAGAGUAUGAAUAAAGGUACUGAUAGUUAUGGUGUUACUACUGGUUUUGGCGCUACUUCUCAUCGGAGGACUAAAAAUGGCGGUGCACUUCAAAAUGAGCUUAUUAGAUUUUUGAAUGCUGGAAUCUUUGGCAACGGAACAGAAACAAGCCAAACAUUACCUCAUACAGCAACACGGGCCGCCAUGCUCGUGCGAAUCAACACCCUUUUGCAAGGCUACUCGGGUAUUCGAUUUGAAAUCUUAGAAGCCAUCACGAACUUGCUUAACAACAAUGUCACUCCUUGCCUUCCCCUCCGUGGUACAAUCACUGCCUCAGGGGAUCUUGUUCCACUCUCGUACAUUGCAGGGUUACUAACGGGUCGGCCCAACUCCAAGGCCGUGGGCCCUAAUGGCGAGGUUCUUAAUGCAGAACAAGCCUUUAAGACGGCUCAAAUCAGCUCCGGAUUCUUUGAUCUCCAACCUAAAGAAGGUCUCGCCUUAGUUAAUGGUACGGCUGUUGGAUCAGGAAUGGCAUCGAAUGUCUUGUUUGAAGCGAAUAUCCUGGCUGUUCUAGCUGAGGUUAUAUCAGCUAUUUUCGCUGAAGUAAUGAAUGGAAAACCGGAGUUUACCGAUCAUUUGACUCAUAAGUUGAAGCAUCACCCGGGACAGAUUGAGGCUGCGGCUAUCAUGGAGCAUAUCUUGGAUGGUAGCUCGUACAUGAAGGCUGCUAAGGCUUUACACGAAAUGGACCCGUUGCAGAAGCCUAAGCAAGAUAGAUAUGCUCUUAGGACUUCACCCCAAUGGUUGGGUCCACAAAUCGAGGUCAUUCGUUGGGCCACAAAGUCCAUUGAGCGUGAGAUCAACUCUGUUAACGAUAACCCACUUAUUGAUGUGUCUCGUAACAAGGCAUUGCACGGUGGGAACUUCCAAGGUACUCCUAUCGGUGUGUCUAUGGACAAUGCGAGGUUGGCUAUUGCAGCCAUUGGUAAAUUGUUGUUUGCUCAGUUCUCAGAACUAGUUAAUGACUACUACAACAACGGGCUUCCCUCGAACCUUACAGCAAGUAGGGACCCGAGCUUGGACUAUGGUUUUAAGGGGGCCGAGAUUGCUAUGGCUUCUUAUUGUUCUGAGCUUCAGUUUUUGGGUAACCCGGUCACAAACCAUGUUCAAAGUGCGGAGCAACACAACCAGGAUGUGAACUCUCUCGGGCUCAUCUCAGCUCGUAAGACUGCUGAGGCUGUCGAUAUCUUGAAACUCAUGUCGUCUACCUUCCUUGUCGCGUUAUGCCAAGCAAUUGAUUUGAGACACUUAGAGGAAAACAUCAAGCAUUCGGUGAAGAACACCGUCAGUCAGGUGUGCAGACGUGUUCUUAUCACUGGGGUUAAUGGUGAACUCCACCCAGGAAGAUUCUGCGAGAAGGAGCUCAUCCGAGUAGUCGAAAGAGAACACGUGUUUGCAUACGCAGAUGAUCCUUGCAGUGGAACUUACCCCUUGAUGCAGAAGCUCAGACAAGUCUUGGUCGAUCAGGCUUUGGCCAACGGAGAGAGUGAAAAGAAUGUCGGAACUUCAAUCUUCCAGAAGAUCGGAGCAUUCGAAGAGGAGCUCAAGGCACGACUACCUAAAGAAGUCGAGGCUGCACGAGCAGCUUACGACAGUGGUAACUCUGCCAUCCCGAACAGGAUCAAGGAAUGCCGGUCUUACCCAUUGUACAAGUUCGUUAGAGACGAGCUUCAGACCAACUUGCUGACUGGAGAAAGAGUUAAGUCCCCGGGAGAAGAAUGUGACAAAGUUUUCACUGCACUUUGCCAAGGAAAGAUCAUUGAUCCUCUUUUGGAUUGCCUUAAGGAGUGGAAUGGAGCUCCUUUGCCUAUCUCUUAAAAAUUGCACAAUCUGUUUUUUUAAUUAUCAACUUAAUUAUGUAUUUGCUUCAUUUUGUUAUAACCUAAUGUUCAAAAUUUUAUUUUGUAUUAUGGGGAUUAUUAUGUAAAGAACAAAAUUUUUCUUUUUUUUUUCUCUUUAUCUUAUGUAACAUCAAUGUAAUGAUUACAAGUUAAAUAGCAAAGUUGUUUAUUAAAUCCCAAAAAAUAAA